AUGAUCGAUCUCUGGUCAUCUAGCCAAGUCAAUAAUAACAAUGAACAGGAUCUCCACCCCCCCUCAACAAUCGUCCAUAACUCGGAGGCUACACUAGUAGCCGUGGAAAGUACUAUUCACGAAGGAGAUAAAGGAGACUCGGAGGAAGAGAAAGAGGAUGACGAGGAACAAGUACUCAUACCAAAAGUGACGUUCUUCCCCUCCCUGAACGACACUCGACGAGCUUGGAUUCUAUGCAGACUUCGCGAGGAGUGUGUUAUCUCGGUCCUGGAUAUAGGUUGCGGCGAAGGCACACUCCUUAGUUGUCUCUGCAACCCUCCCGCAUUCCUCGACACUUCAAAAGAAAACAAAGAACAAGAACAAAGAUUCGACGAGAUAUAUUCAAGCUCAACAGACGGUCUACCUGACUUACACAUCUCCCAUCUCGCGGGGUUGGACAUCGCUUCACGAGCUCUGACUUCCUGCAUCGCUCGAACUGCGCCUGAGUCUCAUUUAUUUCAAUAUCAUCGUGAUGAUUUACCGAGAUGGGAACCAUUGGAAGUCAAUAUCUGGCAUGGCUCGUUGAGUGUGUAUAAUCCCGAAUUUGUUGAUGUGGAAUGUAUUGUUUCGACAGAAGUGAUAGAGCAUCUUCCAGAAGACGUUCUCCCCGAAUUCGCACCAACAUUACUUGGCAUAUACCGUCCCCGACUCUUACUCAUAACCACUCCAAACUACGCUUUCAACGCUCGCUUCUCAGCACCAGGAAGAUCCCAUCCCGGAGGCAUCCCAGACCCAACUCACCGCACAAACAGAGCCUUCCGGCAUUCAGAUCACAAAUUCGAAUGGACACCUGCAGAGUUCAAAGAAUAUUGCACAGAAGCUGCAUCCGCGUGGGGCUAUACCGUUGAAGUAGACGCAAUCGGUCUCGCGAGGGAGCCUGAUCCGUGGGGAAGGGAUGAAGAACUCGGGGGCGCAUCUCAAGUCGCUCUGUUCCGUCGAAUAGACACUUGGCAAGGUCGAAAACAUACAAAUGCGUUACCACCAGAAGAAAGCGCCCAUAAGUUACUCGCAACACACACUCACACUCCUCACCCACAAACGGGUAAACCCGAGUCAUACGACAGUGUGUGCGAGCUUGUAAGCAAGCACAUGAUGUCCUAUUACUUUGACGAAGGGUAUUCAAUCUGGGACUUAUGGGUUGGGAACACAAUAUCGAUAGCAUGUGGCGGGCGACUUGAUGUCCUGCUUGAUGCUAUUGACUCUUCUCCCGAAAUGAGCCUGUUCCGGAUGGAAGGAGUGCAAGCGAGAGAGUGGAGAGUCAAGUUCACAGGCGAGAAACACGAGGAGGCAGUCGAGGCGGCGAAGAAGACACAUUAUUGGUCGAGGAGCCCGCUGCAGAGUCCACAUAAUCCAAUUAAAGACGAUGAGCAAUCCCAGAAUGGGUAUAAGGAAGUGACCUCCAAUUGGCCGCAGAUACCGCUUGAUUGGUCUAGAGGUGCGGAGGAGUGGUGGUCACUGGGUGAUGAAGCAGAGUAA